CGGCGCUUCCUCCCUGAAUCUUUUCUCCCCGAAAUCUGUCCUGCGCAAUCCUCGUAUAUACGGCAUUCUCCUGGGAAUCUGUUCCCUCCUGCAGCUUUUCAAGUGUACAUUCGGUGAUCUCUCCAGCAGGAACUAGACUGCAUCAGCGCGACUUCCUAAAUCAUCAUAUCGCAGCUGAGGCCUGCUCGACGACAUCAUGGCAAUUUCGACAGGCAGCGAUACAAACGGAAUAUCAAUCCAACAACCAAGGCCUCGCAAUCCUAACUCACAAGCCUUCCGCCCGUACCACGAAGAUGUCGCGACUGCUCCUUCUCCAACCCCUUCCAGACACGCCGGGACGUGCUACUCCUACAAAUGCUCCGCCCUCGGUCAAAGCGACAUCGUCAGCUCGCAAACAAGUUCGCGCUGAGCAAAAGAAAGGCUUUCCAAGAAUUCAAUACGCUCCACGCGUCAGUCAUUUCGAUCCACGCUCCGAGUAUGCCAACUUUAGAGGCUUCUUCGUGCUCUUCUGGAUAGCACUGACCAUUAUGGUCUUGACGACUAUGUUGCGCAAUCUGAAAGAGACGGGCCGCCCUCUAAGCAUGCGCCAAUGGGGCUUGUUCACAAAGAACAUUCGCGAGAUGGCUGUGAUCGAUUUGAUCAUGGUUGCCAGUACCGGCAUAAGUCUGCCCCUGAACAAGCUGUUCAAAGACAGUAAUGGUUCUCUUCAGUGGAGACGCCAGGGCAUGAAUGUUCAGAUACUUUUCCAGGCCGUCUGGCUCUUGCUCUGGGUCACAUGGCCCUUUGUCCGAGACUGGACAUGGACCGCCCAAGUCUUCUUCACUUUGCAUCUUCUCGUCAUGUUUAUGAAAAUGCACUCGUAUGCCUUCUAUAACGGACAUUUAGCCAACACACUUCAGCGCCUGUCUGCACUUGAUAAUCCUGCUUCAGACACCUCCACCUCUGUUGCUGUGAAGUAUCCUUCGCUCAAGACUCCAAUCAACGAAAUCAGCCAGUGGCUAUCGGAGGACAGGACUGCAGAGGCCGCCUCUUUGGCACAAUUGCGAGAAGACCUAGCCAUGGAGCUGGUCUCACCAUUUGGCCGUCUGACCUAUCCUCAAAACCUAACAGCUGCCAACUACUUUGACUUCCUUCUCUGCCCAACACUCUGCUAUGAGCUCGAAUACCCUCGUACGAGCUCGCGGUCGUAUCUCGAGAUAUUCUGGAAGACACUGGCCGUUGUUGGAUGCAUUUUCUUGCUUACGAUCACUUCGGAGGAAUUCAUCAUUCCUGUGCUUGACGAGUCGGCCGAGAGGCUGGAACAUCAGCACAACUGGCAUGAGGGAAGUUUGGUAUUCGCAGAAACAGUCAGCAGACUGCUAUUCCCGUUCAUGGUUGCAUUUUUGUUGGUCUUCCUUGUCAUCUUUGAAUAUCUGCUCGGUGCAUUUGCAGAGAUAACAUGCUUUGCCGAUAGACAGUUCUAUGCGGACUGGUGGAACAGUCUUGACUGGCUCGAGUUUUCGCGUGAAUGGAACAUUCCCGUCCAUCACUUCUUCCGUCGCCAUGUCUACUCGGCAUCUCGCAACACCAUGUCCCGUCCUGUGGCUACCUUCAUCACUUUCCUGGUAUCCAGUAUCGCGCACGAGUUGAUCAUGGGAUGCAUAACACGGAAGUUCCGUGGAUACGGCUUCGUCGCUAUGAUGUUGCAGAUGCCGAUUGUCUUGGUUCAACGCAGCCCAUGGAUUCGCAACAGGACCAUCCUCAACAAUGUCCUGUUCUGGUGCAGUAUGAUUCUGGGUCUGAGCAUGAUGUGCGCCUUGUAUGUUUUGUUGUAGAUGUAGCCAUAGAUAGAACUCGGUUGCUCCGGGUC